AUGGCAUCCAGGGAAACAACACCUUCAGAUCUGGGUGAAGAUCUCCAGCCCAUCAGGUUCCCAGCAUAUGUCAGAAAGGCAUUCAGAUUGGAUUCUGUCAGAACACCAGGGGGGCUGAACAUCCAAUUUGAGCAACUCCUUUUAGAAGGCAAGAAUGAUGAUGGCAGAUAUUACAAGCUUGAUACUGCAGACAUGAAAACCAACCUGUCUGGUGAUGAUGCAGGCAUCUCCCUCCACAGGGACUUUGACUCUAUCAUUGGGUUCUAUCAGGGGUUGCCAUUAUUCGACAGUGUGGAGCUUUCCCUUGUCCCUCGUCCUAUGGAUUCUCUCUCUGGUUCCACCAAUCUGCAUGUGAAGCUUCCAGAUCAUCUAUUCGAGAUUGUGAGCCUUAGUGUCAUUCAUACUCUAACCCUUACAACUCACUUCCAUCCAGAACUCUUUGAUUCAUAUCCUUCCACAUUCCUCGCCUUCAUUUCCCCUUAUCGGCUCUUGGGUGGCAUCCUCUCCCGCACCAAGGAUGGCAAGCUGGUGGGUGGGAAGCGUCUGGUUUCUGCUGCUCUGCUAGGUGAACUGGUGGAACAUAUGAGAGAUUGCCUGGAGAGGAAGAAGGAACGCUUCGAAUGGGCUCGCAGCUUCUUCUUUGGCCUUGAGAUCAAGGGAAUCAAACUCAGCACCACACAUCCUGUCCCUUUUAACAAUGGCACAGAGGAAGGGCAGGGUUCCAGUGAAGAGGAUCAAGAGACGAUCUUCAGACAACUUAUCCUGGGGAUGUUUCACAGUGGACUCACAUCUCUAGAACAGCAAAGCACGUGGGUGGAUGUGGGGCUCGAAAUAAGCAGGAAGGCCCAUGUUCUUCACUGGGAUGCAUCAGAGCACCACCGAAUUCUUCAGGUCCUUGCCACAGGGUAUCAGGGGGAUGUGGAAAGACAAUGGACACAGCCUGGAAGGGAGGGGUAUUUCUGCGACAUUCAAGCAGGAAUCCUAUCUCUGGCUGGAGGACGUUGUGCAUUGCCUCAUCUCCCCCGCUUACCCAUUUAUGCACAAUGGUAUGCGUCGGAGAAGGGGGUUUGUAGGAGAGCUGACAGGUUUGACCCUAUGCUGGGAAUCACGAAAAAGAACGUGUUUGGAGAAAAAACCAAGGAUAAACUGAGAGUGGAAUUCGAUAAUCUGGAGAAAGUGUGGAAUUCAGCUCAUCAUGAGAGGACGGAAGGGACGGCAAGAUUGGAGAUACGCAUUCCCCUUCGAAAAGCCAAAAAUUCCCUGAGAACAGUGACAAAGGAGUUCAUCGAGCAGUGCACCAUGGCUAUUCAAGCUUCUGAUGGCUCACUGGCACGACAUGCUCUGGAGCUCAGUGCUGCACUCACAUGGCGGAUUAACAUGCUGAACAGGAGACCAGCAGCAGGUUCAUCAGAGCACCAGCUCAUGUGUGCUUCCCUCCCUGUCACCGACAACUUCUCCCACCCAGAUCUGUUAGAUGGACGUGACAGGAAUCCAUGGAGGGCGCAGGCGGAAAAUGAAGAAUACCGCCCAUUUGCCUCAGGAAAUGUCAUCUGGUUCAGGGACAUCGAUUACAACCUGAACAUGACAGAUGAUUGGCAUAGGCCAAUUUCCCCUGGAUUCAAAGCACGAGCCACACUUGGAUUGGGACGGCGUCGGCUACUGCUGGAUCGGUAUCUCAAACACCUCUCCAGCUUUACCAUCGAUGAGCUCGAAAGAAUACUUUCAACUACCCCCUACAUCACACCACCUGCUCCUUUCCAUCUACCAAGACCUAACCACACACUUCCACCAGAUCUGCCGGAAUCACUAGAUGAGCUGCUAGCAAAUGCUCAUAUCAAAUUGAAGGAGAGCGCUACCAAGCACCUGAAGGAUUCUUUCCCCAACUCGGAUAACAGUGAUGGGGUCCCUCAGCUCGUUCAAGGGACCACAAACCUGGUAUUGACCAAGAAUAUCCAGCAGAUCCUUGACUUUUACUUUUCCAACGUGCUGCAGACCAUCCCUGUCCCCCAGACGCAAUCCCCAGAGCUGUUCUACCAUACUGUCCGUAAUCCAGACAGUCCAGUUGCACACCCUGGUAUAGGGUACUUUAAAGAACCUGAUCUUUUCCGCAGUGGAUUCACCGGAGCUCACAUCAGGAAGCGCAACCCCCCAGAGUUCCAUGUAGUGUUCCAGCUCUCUUUCCCACCAGCUGACCUGAAAUGGGAAGAAGCAAGGAUGAAGGGGACAUACAAUAGGGAGAGGAGAGGAGGCCAACCCAUGAGAUAUGGGGAUGAGAGAGAGCAAGGGUUGAUAGAGUACAAAAAUGGUGGUAGGGGUUGGAAGCGGCAUUCAUUUCAUGCUGCCUGGUGGGAAUUCAUCCAAAGAUUCGACUAUACUGGUGGCGAUCGUAUUAGGGAGAAGGUCUGGAAGAAUGUGUACUCUAAACUUGUUUGGGCACCCUAUUCUGACCUUUCACAAAUGUGGUACACAACAUCCAACGCCAAAAGUGCAGAGACCUUCCCUGCAGAUAUGGCAGGUCAAAGGCUUCCCAUAAUCAUUCUCAAUCCUUUGAUCGAUGAUAAGGCUAUGUGGGAUGGAUCUUUGAUUAGGAGGAGGGAAUGGGUGUCACUGACCCUGUAG